AUGGUGACUCCCAUGCAUCGGCUAAUAGCCCGGAGACAAGCUGAAGCCAAUAAGCAGCAUGUAAGGUGUCAGAAAUGCUUGGAAUUUGGACACUGGACUUAUGAAUGCACUGGAAAAAGAAAAUACCUACAUAGGCCAUCAAGAACAGCAGAACUAAAGAAAGCUUUAAAAGAAAAGGAAAACAGAUUAUUAUUACAGCAAAGCAUUGCAGAGACUAAUGUAGAAAGAAAGACCAAGAAAAAAAGGUCCAAGAGUGUAACCAGUUCCAGUAGCGAUAGCAGUGACAGUUCAGCCAGUGACUCUUCGUCAGGGAGUGGAGACACAUCUACCUCCUCAGCGGGGGAGGAGGACAGUGACUCUGACGGGAGCUCCUCCAGCGCGUCAUCCUCAGCCUCCUCCACAACCUCCUCCUCCUCGUCCUCCUCCGGACUCGGACUCGGACUCCAGCUCUCCCAGCAGCAGCAGCACGGAGAGCACCUCUGAGGACGAGCCACCGAAGAAGAAGAAGAAGAAGUAGAAUUU